UCACCGCGGAGGCCGACAUACACCCAAGGGAUUGAAUUAGCCUGCCAAAAAGAAAGAGAGUUCGUGAAGCACUCUGUAGAAUGCACGUGGAACCUAGCAGAAGCCCAGCAAAAACUUGGUAACUUAGCACUGCAUAAUUCAGAAUCCCGUGAUCAGGAAUGUGCUCAAGCAAAGACUGAAGCUGCAGAGUUGAGAUGGAGAGAGGAGGAAUGGAGAAGAAAAGAAGAAGCUCUAAACCAGAGGGAAAGACAGAAUCUAUGGAACACAGAUCUUGCUAGUAAGGAGGUAUUUAAUAAGAGUUUUAUUAAUCAAAAAAGAAAAGAAAUAGAAGAUGAAGAUGUGUCUGAACCACGUAUGCAAAAACACGAACAAAAAAUUAGACACUUUGGUAUGCUGAGCAGAUGGGAUGAUAGUCAGAGAUUUUUGUCUGAUCACCCAUAUCUUGUAUGUGAAGAAACAUCUAGGUAUCUCAUGUUGUGGUGUUUUCAUCUAGAAGCUGAACAGAAAAGAGCUCUGAUGGAGCAAGUAGCACACCAAGCAGUUGCAAUGCAAUUUAUUAUAGAAAUUGCUAGAAGCUGCAAUGUGGAUCCACGAGGGUGUUUUCGUCUCUUUUUCCAGAAAGCCAAAACAGGAGAAGGCUAUUUUGAGGCUUUCAAAAAUGAACUUGAGGCAUUCAAGACAAGAGUGAGAAUCUGGUCACAAUCACAUGGCUUUCAAACUACGUUACUACACGAUCUCAGUCUCAAUCCUGGUCUUUUAGGAGAGCUGACAUCUUUUUCACAGAACACAGGGGAUCUACGAGGUUCCAUAAACACAGAAGACUGCAGUUUAAACUCUGUGAUACAAAGAGAUGAAGAAGAAUCCAAAAUGAUGGACACAGUAUAGUACUCUUAAGACUGAGGCCAAGUACUCUUUUUUUUUUCUUUUUUUCUUUUCAAAGAAACAAACAUGGCUAUUUUCUUGACACUUAUUUUUCUGGGUACUGCACUUUAUUUUUGGUGUCAGAUUUUUUUUGUUGUUGUUUUUUGGUUUUAGGGGGGAAGGGAUUUUGAAGGGUGGGUAAUUCAGAAAAACUUUUAAUAUUGUUUGAAAAUGUGCUGCUAGGCUUUUGGUUGUCCGUGAAGAGCAGGGUUCUCAUAUUGCCGAAUGUGAAACUGGAUGUGUUUUCUGCUACUAACCUUGCCUUUCAUGACUUUAGAAAUUAAAGUAUGAAAAAAAAAAAUCUGCACAAAUACAAUGUUUACAAGAAGUGGUAGAUUCUUGGUGGAAUCUGCUAUUGUUUUACUACAGAUGUGGACAUGUUUUACUCUAUGAAUAUUGGAGAUCACAACUGUAUUCAUGCUACUUGCUGACAUUAUAAGCUCUCAAAUUUGGUUAUCACUAAUAGCAAUAAAUCAUUAUCUGGUAUCAGUAUUUCAAAUCUGAAUGGGAUAGAUUAAAACACUGGCUUUCUACCUCUACUAAGGGGAUUUAAAUGUUACAUUGUGCUUUCAUUAAACAUGACUUGGUUUUGUCCUAAAAUGUAAGCAAUGCUUGUCUACAUCUGAGUGCUGGAUUGUAUGAUUUCUGAGAGUCUGACUCUCUUCUUGUUUAUAAGGCUAACUUCAGAUUGUUUUUUUAAACCAAGUCUCAUUACGGGGAGAAAUACUUGAUGGAGGGAACUUGAGGUGCAAGGGUUAAGCUAAGACUUCAGUCUAAACAACAAGCUUUGUUACAGUUUAUAUAGGGCAAGGUGUCUUGCAGGGUUUGAAAGGUAUUUCAUAUGCUACUAAUCUAAAGUGGGUUUCUGACAUUGCCAACUCAAACAAUUAAAAGUGGAAAAUCAUUAAAAGUUUCCUGUUUGAUGAGUAGAAAUCCAAAUACUGUUUUUUGAUAAGGCCUUCUGCAGAAUCUCUGCAAUCCAGAAUUCUACUGUGCUUUUCUAACCUGCUGCUAUUACAGCAGUUCUGCUCUCUGUAAAUGUAUACUGCAGUUGGAAGACUCCAGAGAAGACCUCUCAUAUCUCAAAUAAUGGUAUCGGUACACACAUUCAGUUCUUUACUAUAUUGUUAUUAUUGUACUUGAGGUCUGGAAGGUACCUAGAUUUCAACAGUUCAAUGAACACAGUCUACCUGCAGCUGCUGAUUCAGGCAAGAGCUGUGUUGAGAUCCAGUGAUUUUCAGUUUGGCUGUAGCAGAGAUGGGGAAAAGCCUAAGUCUGCAGCAUAUACCAGAGUGAGUAUUGGUACAGCUGCAGCAGCAAAAGUAGGAACCCCAGAUAUACUGAUAGAACCAGCAUUUCAUGUGCCUUGUGUUCUCCAGCAGUGCUUCUGCAGACAGACUGAGGAUAAAGGAGCAGCUCUGUCCCAGAUGCAAAUUAGAAAUAACCAGCUUCAGUAGUAAUUUUUGACAGAUAGUCCAGAAAGGAUAAGUAAACACUGCCUUCUCCUUAAUAAUUAUUUAAUUAUUAAGGGAAACCAAUAACUUCAGGUUGUUUUUUAACUGAAUGUUUUGUACAAGGGUAUUAAGGGCAGAGUCACACAGUGACUUGCAAUUGCUACCAUUAGCAUUAGAGCCACACUGAUCUAGCAACCUGUGACAUACUGAAAGUUAUCUUUAAAGUUUUUAAGGGGCUAAGAUUGGAUGGUGUGGGACUAAAUGUCAAAUCAUAAGGAGAUUCCCUACCCUGCCUCCCUCUGGCUAACUGAAACUUACGUAGGCUGGCAAAAAGACAAGCAUAUACUGAAAUCAAAAUGCACAAAUAGAAGUAAGCAGCACAUCAGUGUUUCUGAUUGUAACGUGGUAGCUACUGUUUUCUAACCAUGACUUUUUUAAGGAAGUGCCUCUCUAAACUCACCCAGUCUACAGCCUCCAUAUAGACAUUUGUGAAGAUGAAAGUACAAGUGGUCAGCCUUUUGGCAAGCUUUCUUUCAAAUCCAAGGAAGCCUGCCUGCAGCAAUAGCUGCUACCCAUUUUGUUCAUUUAUAGCAAUGGGAAAACUUUACAAAUUCUACAAUUAUCAUAUUUUUCUUAGAAUCAAAUGAGUCUCAAUAUUGAUAAUGCUAAAACUAGAUGUGCAAAUGUAGCCCCAGGUACGUCAGAACCACAGCUCUGUAGUUGUUUGCCAACAGUCAUUGCAAAAGGAGAUUGGGACCUGCUACGGUACGACACACCUACUUCAGACAUUGUCUAGACAGAGUUGUUUGUUCCUCAGGUUUUGCUGACUCUUCUUUAAACUCUCAAUCUGGUGAGCAUCAAAAAAGAGCUAGGAGAGUUCACUGGAAAAUACCAAUGUCUGCAUUACCUGAACUGUUAAAAAGUGUGGCCUGUGGAGGUUUGUAACUGCAGGUACCUAUUGAAUGAAUAAAUGCAAGAGCUGGUUGAAGACUU